AUGACGACUCUUACCCCUCGCCCGCCCUACUCUCAGCAGGAGAUUGAGCAGCUUUAUCCUAAACAUCUCCAGCUUCAGCUCGUCCAAGUGCUUCUCCGCCAUGGCGAACGUAGUCCUGUCUCUCCCCGUUUCCGCAAUGCUGGACUGCCACCGCACUGGCCAUACUGCAACGCGGCACGACGCCUGACGAGCGUCAUCAUGAGCACCAAGGACGCAUCACAGUGGGAUGAGCUCAAAUGGCGCAGAAGACUGGAAACAUUCGGCGUGGAUGACGGUCCUGUGAUAGCUUCGGGCCCGAAAGGCGAGUUCGAUGCCAUCUGCCAGCCUGGUGAGCUGACGGACAAGGGUCGAGAAACGACCCUCGCUCUGGGCCAGAGGCUCAGGCACCUCUACGUUGACCAGCUUGGUUUCAUGCCUCGGUUGGUAUCCGAUGCCGACAUGGUCUACUUGAGAGCAACGCCAAUCCCGAGAGCUUUGGAAUCGGUCCAGCAAGCAUUCUGGGGUUUCUACCCUCUGUCCGCUCGAACUGCCGACUUUCCUCCGCCCACCAUCAUCACUCGUUCGCCGGCCGACGAGACUUUGUACCCCAACGAUGGGAAUUGUCGCCGCUUCGCCCAGUUGAGUCGCGCCUUCGCCCAGAGGGCUGCCGACCGCUGGAACGACACGGCAGACAUGGACUAUCUGAACAAAAAGAUAUCAAAGUGGAUGCCCGAAAACUCCAAACGCGUCGCUAUCGACUCGCACCCUCGCCUUUCGGGUAUCAUGGACACAGUAAAUGGAACCCUGGCCCACGACGAGCGGGUGCGCCUGCCGAGCGAGUUCUACGAUCCCAAAGUUCGUCAAAUCAUCGAUAAGGCCGUGGUCGAGGAAUGGUAUGCUGGCUACUGGGAGUCGAAAGAAUACCGCACGCUUGGAAUCGGUGGCCUGAUGGGCGACAUUGUGAGCCGCAUGACCGGGAACGUCGAGCAGAGCGGUUGGGACGGUGUUGUUGAGGUGGGCGGCGAAGACGGUGCCCUGGGCAAAGGCAGGGGAGGUGAGAAGAAAAUCAAGCUCGCCAUGUCCGGCUGCCACGACACCACUCUCGCGGCCAUCCUCUCCAGCUUGGGUGCUUUCGAAAAUGAACAGUGGCCGCCAUUCACGAGCCACAUCGCCAUCGAACUGUUCCGCAAGCAGGCCCAGGGCAUUGUCCCUCCCGGCAGCACUUCCACGCUUGGAAGUCAAAGACUGCCGGAAAAGUCUCAGGGCUGGUUCGCCUCGCUGUUUGGCAGCACGAAGGAUGUCCAGCACAAUGGCGCACCGCGGCCUGAAGGAAUUGCGCGCAAGAGAAUGGAGGAGUUGACGACGCAGCAGAAGGAAUCGCUCAAGGGCUAUUAUGUGCGCGUGCGGUACAACGACAAAAUUAUGCAGGUGCCCGGCUGCAAAGCGGCAGGUAAACACCUUGAGGGGGACGCGUCGUUCUGCACUUUGGAGGCGUUCAAGUCUAUUGUCGACAAGUACACCCCUGAGAGCUGGAAGGGUGCUUGUGCUAGCAACCUCGGACAGCCUGCUUUCCCCACCAAGCCUGAGCCUGCGGGCUACGAGGAGUAG